UACACGUAACGUGGUGACGCGACAAGGGUGAAUGAAUUGGUAAAUGUGAGGUCAAAACAAACAAUACAGGUGGAAGUACAUAAGAAAAGCCUAUCAGGAUGGCCAGUUUGCUCUGUAAUAGAGCCAGGCUGGUGACUUACCUUCCAGGGCUUCAUGUACUGGUUGGGAGGAUAGCCGGAGCCAGAACCUUUUCUGCUGCAGGAUCGUCUGGUUCUGAUGAACCUUAUAUUGCUGCUUCACCAUUUGACAUGGGUCAAAGAACAGUGUGGCCUGAUGAGAAAAUGGGCCCGUUUGGACCUCAAGACAAGCGUUUUCAGCUGCCUGGAAACGUAGGGUUUGACAGUCACCUAGAGGGUACUGCUGAUCAGAAAAAAAGAGUGCACAAGACUGUACCGGAUGUUCUAGCUGAGCCCUCAAACAGCGAGAGACACGAGUUUAUAUUGGCACAGUUUGUCAAUGGGUUUCAGGAAAAUGAUGCUGCUCCCAGACCCCAGCAGGUCAACAAGGCAGAAAAAUAUUUUGAAAAUGCACAUGUGGAAUGUGCAAUACAAACUUGCCCAGAGCUGCUAAAAAAAGACUUUGCAUCAAUGUUUCCAGAGGCCCCUUCCAACAGUAUGACUGUUGUAACAGUAACUCAGAAAACCAAAGCAGACAUGACCUCCUGGUGUGAAGAAGUGGAUGAGGAACGAGAACAGCUACUAGAUAAAUUUGUCAAUGGUGCCAAGGAGAUUUGUUACGCCCUGCGGACAGAGGGAUACUGGGCUGAUUUCAUAGACCCUUCAUCUGGCCUAGCGUUCUUUGGAUCAUACACAAACAACACACUCUUUGAAACGGAUGAACGUUACCGUCAUUUGGGCUUCCACAUUGAGGACCUGGGCUGUUGCAAAGUCAUUCAGCACUCACUUUGGGGAACACAUGUGUUUGUGGGGAGUCUGUUCACAAACGCACCUACAGAUAGCCUUGUCAUGAAGAAACUACAAGGAAACUAACUGCUUUGUGAUGGAUACGGGGCAUAUCCCUUUGUGCAUCCUCAGUAAUUGAUAUUCUUGACAAGCAAGCGAUAAGCACUUUUUUUCUCCUCCUCUUAGAUUUUCAAACACCUGUUCAAUCCAUAAUGUAGGAGAAUGUUUCUUAGGGUUUGACUUGAGCUUUAAAAAAAAACUCAAGUAAUAUUUAUUUUUGCUUACAGAAAUAUGGACAAAAGGUAUUUAUAUGUACGUUUGAAAUGAAUGCAUUCAUUGUUGUAUUAAAGAGCACAGGUAUCCCAAGAGUCUCAUACACACAAAUCAAAUGUUUGAGAUUUAAAUAGUCUAACCAUUUGUGUACAUAAAGAAACCCACUACUAAUCGGUGGAGGAUUUAAUAUAUUAUACAAAUCAACCGUAUUAAUACAAAGGAGCAACUGACUGGAGUCUUGGUUUCAGUAUAAAAAAAAUAGACAUGUGCACUGAACACUCAUGGAAGCUUUAACUGGCUGACAAAUACAUUUCUCAAUCUAGUAAAAUCGGAACAAUUUGAAUUUUUUUUCUCAUUAAUUUAGUGAAAUUGCUGUUGAUUCAACUGUACUAGAAGUGUGCACAGAUAGGAUCACAAUUUCUAAAGCCAAUAUUUGGUGUUGCCUUUUACAAUCUGGGUAAGACCAUAUUGUCUCUGUAAUGGAAAUGUGAUAUGAGAUUCAGCUUAAAGCUUCAAUGAGUAAAAAAAAGAAUAAUUUCAUGGGGGUUUUAUAAAUGUGAGAUAGAAAAAUCUUUAAUUUAGGGUCAUAAGCUGUAUUAAAUUAAUAUACAAUAUGGUUGAAUGAGAAUGGAUUAACUUGAAACUAGUUUAAUGCAAUUUUUAAGGCUGCUUUUUAUCUGGAGAUCUUUGAACAACAAACAAUAAACCUCUUGUCCCAAA